UAGAUGGGAGUUGCAUCCUUCUAGUUCUCUAAAAAUAGCCUAAACCCCCUUAAAAACCCUUUCAAAUUUUCAGUUAAGAGUCCUCUUCUGUUCAUGGCGGCAUUUCUUCGAGCAUCUGGUAGAUCACUUGUGUCGUCUUGUGCGAUUCUAUAUUCUCACUGCCAACAAUCCUCUCUCCAUUCCAGCAAGCAGAUCUUCCAAUUUUCCAGGACUCACGCAUCACUGGCAAUCCAAAAGUCACCGUUUGAAUCGAACAUACUCAGAAUACUUCGCAAUGAAAUCGAGUAUCAGUUGGAUUACGCCCCUCCUCACCCGCCAGUUACAAAUUUUAAUACAUUUAUGGUGGAAGAUCGGCCAGGCGAGCAGUGGAUUACCUUGAGGAGAAAAUUCGGCAAGGAUGAACAUAUUAAAAUCGAGGCAACCAUGAUUGAUGGAGCAAUUACUGUUCCCAAAGCAAAUGAUGAGAAUUUAGGGGAAGAUUUGAGGCUUCACAUAAGUGUGCUUGUUGACAUAUGGAAGGGGGAAGGUAGUGAGUUCUUGGAGUUUGUCUGUUCAUCCUGGCCAAAUUCAUUGGAGAUUCAGAAAGUUUACAUCCUCAGAAGCGAUGGUUCUCGAGCUCAGCCUUACAUGGGGCCCAAUGUUAAGGAUUUGAACAGUUGCUUCCGAGAUGGCCUAAAUGAAUUCCUAAAGGCAAGAGGGAUAAAUGAUGAACUUUCUGCAUUCCUUCAUGAAUUUAUGAUGAAUAAGGAUAGAAUUGAAGCAAUUGGAUGGUUGAGAAAAAUCCAGUCUUUUGUCGAAAAUUAGAGUCACGUCUCGCCCCUCUCAAAUUCUCUGUAAACUUCGUCUGUUGUAACUUAUAUUUUUUGCAUGAGGUUUCUACUCUUCUUCUUACCUCUCUGUGUACUAACACAUCAAUUAGAAAACUGUUGAUGCGUAGAUGUUAAACAACGA